AUGAAUCAUACAAUUUCCUUUGAUGAACAGGGAGCUCAGAAGCUGGCAGAGCAAUUCAAAAAGCAUGGGUAUUUAGAUAGGUUGAAAAAAGAAAUAUUGUCCAGUAAAUUGGAACAAGAUACGGAUUCUGCAGAUACUAAAACAUUUGAGGACUCGGUAAAAGAACAGGUAAAGUCAAUGGUGAAGGAGAUGGUUAGGGAAGAUGAGAAUUUGAUAUUUAAAAAUAGAGGUACCACGACUGCCCUAAUUGAAUCUAAAAUGCUUAAGGACUAUAAACUAUUAGAAGAUAAUCAGAGUGGAAUUGAUAUAAAAAACUAUAUUGAAGAGAAGCUAAAGAACCCAAAGAUGCAUGAUGAUAUACGGAAAAAUGUAGAGAAUUUAUAUGACGAAAAGGGAGUUCCUGGGAGUUAA